CUAAGGGAUCAUUCAUUAUAUACAGUCAGCAGAAUCACUAAAUUAUUAAACACAUACAGUGAUAUUCUUUGGGUGGAAUUUAUAAAGAGAAUCAAUUGGUAUAUGAAAAAGACAGAAGAUCCUUUAUCACAAUGAUAGUUAGAGCUUUAUGCAAUACCUUUUCAGGAAGACAGAUUGGCUUGUGCAUGCAGUUACAGUUAUUAAAACGAAAUCCAUACUUGAGUCUUGGACAAUUGACACGAACAAUAUCCUCGCAUCAUGUCUCAAAGAAUAUUGAAUUUCUUACACAAAAUAAUCGUAUUAUCUCAUCUAAAAACAUUGCUCAGACUCUAAAUGUAACAAAUAAUCGCCCUUUGUUAGUGAUUCUCACUUGGCUAUUAUCAGAGCGACGACAUGUUAUGAAGUUUGUUAAUUUGUAUAUGGAACAAGGUUUUGACGUAGUGGUGGUAUCCCUUACGCCUUGGCAACUUUUGUGGCCUGCGAAGGGUUCUAGGCUAGUGGCAGCCGAUUUGUUAACUUUCUUAAAGCAAAACGAAAGUUACCAACAAAUUCUGUUACAUGGGUUUUCAGUGGGCGGUUACAUGUGGGGUGAAGCUUUGGAUUUAAUACAAAACAACAAGGACAAGUACAAUACUGUUACUGACAGAAUUGUUGGACAGGUGUGGGACAGCAUAGCUGAUAUUAGUCAAAUUGCAAUUGGUUUCCCUCGUGCAGUAUUCCCGAAAAAUAUGAUGUUGCAGUCUAUGUUACGAAAAUACGUAGAAUAUCACAUGAAGACAUUUCACCAGCAAGCGACACAGUAUUACAUUCGAUCCAGUCAGGUAUUUCAUGCUGCUAACGUACUACGCGUACCAGCAUUAUUGUUUGUAAGCAAAACUGAUCCCGUUGGAGCUGUAACCAGCAAUUUAUCUUUGCGCGAUACGUGGGAUUCUUUAGGAAUAAAGACGUACAUGAAGAUAUUCGAAGAAUCGCCGCACGUUUCCCACUUCUAUACGUACCCUAAAGAAUACGUUGCUGAACUCUACGCAUUUUUACAAAAAUUAAACUUAAUACAAAACGAAGAAAAGAUUAGAGCGCGUCUCUAAGUAUCUUAAAAGUGCACUAUUCAUUCAUGUAAUUGUAUUUUUUAUAUGAAGUUGCCUUUUCGAUUACAUUCUAUUUCGUACACUUAACACUUGCCAUAUGCAUAAUAUAUCUAGACGCAUAAUAGACAAUAGACGAUUUUGUAUAUAUUUAAAUUUACAAAGUAUUUAUAUAAAAUUUUGCGAGCAAUCAACACCAAGUUUGAUGAAAAAUAUGUUUUUAAAAACAUCAUAUCGAUAAAAAAUCUUAGUCAUAUUUUUAUACAAUUGAUCUCUGAAAUAAUUAUCUAUAUAGAGAUAUAAACGUCCAUUUUUAUUAUUUAAAUACAAAUUGUAAUCUUGAGUGCAAUACAAUGAAAAGAUAACAGUA